AUGGCUGAGGAGCCGCAGCGUGCAGCAGCAGAUCGUUUCCUUAUUCAGGCAACAGCAGCAGAGACCAAUGGUCCACUGUCACGUAACCACUGGUUAGAGCUCAACAGAAACGAUAUAGAUGAAACAAGAUUAAGCGUUGUCUUUAAAAAAACAAACAACCAGGCCGACACACCACCUACAUCUGCUGCUGCUGCUGCAGCAGCAGCAGCAGCAGCAGCAGCAGCAGCAAAUGCUCCUGCUGCAGGGUAUUCGCAGCACGGGGAGGAGAAAGGCGACGCAACAGCAGCAGCACCCAGCAGCAGCAGCAGCAGCAGCAGCAACAAGCAGCAGCAGCAGCAAAUGCUCCUGCUGCAGGGUAUUCGCAGCACGGGGAGGAGAAAGGCGACGCAACUGCAGCAGCACCCAGCAGCAGCAACAGCAGCAGCAGCAGCAGCAGCAGCAGCAGCAGCAGCAGCAGCAGCAAUGUAG